GGGGAUACAGCUGUCAAGUUGCCAAAGUUAGUAUGGCAGCAGCCGCAGCUUUACAUAUAUAAAUGUCCCAGGUCUCCGCCAAACUCUCCACAAAACGCGCUGCGCACAACGGCUCUCACGGAGCAAUACUCAGAGGAAAAUGAUGGUCUAUGACGACAUGCAUAUAUCACAGCAUACUGAGGUAAUCACAAGUUAUCGGUAGGUGCACAAAAAGGCCAAAUGGAAGUCUGUGACACACCAUAGAACUGUAAAAAAGUAACAUUAAAGAAAACAAAAUACCUCUGCUCUCAAUUCAAGUAUCCAACUGAAGUCAAUCAAAUUGGACCAAUUGAGCCAAUCUUGGAGGAAGCCACUGAGAACUUGAAUGAACCCUUCACCCAUAAAUUAGACACGACAAUCAUGGCGCCCUUAGUAUUUCAGCUGAGCGGAACCUGCAACAACUACCCAUGGGGAAAGAAGGGGAGCCAAUCACUCGCAGCCCAACUGUGUGUCCGUACGCCCGGCAUCAAUUUCGAUAUUAAAGAUGACGAAUACUACUCUGAGAUGUGGUUCGGCGACUACCCAGACUUCCCAGCGCGGAAGCUCGAUACGGGAGAACUGCUGAAAGACGUAAUCGACGCCAACAAGGAGCAGCUGCUGGGAAGAAAGGUUAUUGACAAGUUCGAUGCACAGUUGCCUUUCCUGCCUAAGAUUCUCUCCAUUGCCAAGGCCCUGCCUCUACAAAUCCACCCAAACAAGGACUUGGCCACCAGGUUGCACAAGAAGGACCCGGAGAACUUCACGGAUCCCAAUCACAAACCAGAGAUUGCAGUCGCGCUGGGCAAGUUUGAGGUCUUUGCGGGAUGGAAGCCGUUGGCUCAAAUCGAGCCGCUUUUCAAGCUGAAGCCGCUGCAACAGUUCGUGCCGGAGCACACCAAAAGCUGGACCGACGAAACGUUACGCGAGGUCACACGCAAGAUCCUCAAGACCGACCUGCAGGUGGUGAAGGAGGCACAAGAGGAGCUCGCACAGGUACCGAAGUCGGAUCUCGGAGAGGCAUCAUACAUUCUGGAUCUGCUACCUCGUCUGCAGGACCAGUAUGGCCGCGAAGAUGCCGGUAAUCUCGUGGCUCUCGCGUGCAUGAAUUUCAUGGUGUUUGGCCCUGGAGACGCCAUCUAUAUCCCUGCCGACGGCAUCCACGCAUAUCUGUCGGGCAACAUUGUCGAAUGUAUGGCCAGAUCUAACAACGUUCUGAACAGCGGUUUCUGUCCCCCGGCUGAGCGCAACAGCAUUGACAUGUUCGCCGAAACCCUCUCGUUCAAGGCGCACAGGAAAGAGGAUGUCUACCUUCCCAGUCAAAAGUACGAGAAGAGUAAGACUGGUAACACGGUUGUGUACAAGCCCGAGUUGAGUGAGUUCGAUAUGCUGAAGGCUGAACUCAAGGCUGGAGAGACGGACGAGCUCUCGCCGAGUGAUGGACCUGGUGUUCUGAUUGUCACUCAAGGCAAGGGUACGAUGAAGGCUGAUGGUAAGGACCACGAGCUCGUAGAGGGCUUCAUUUACUAUGUCGCACCAAAUGUUCCAAUCACAUGGGAGACGGACACUGGUCUCCAGAUUCAUAUGGCUGUGAUUUGACCCGGCUUGUGACGGGGUUGAACUAUCAUGUAUAUUACAAUAACGAUGAUAACAUGUAGCGUCUAAUGAAGGUCCUGGUUGGCGAACUCGAAAUCCCGUAAUCCUGUGCCUGAUC